AGAUGGCCACGUCCAUAACACUCAGCCUGGACAACUUACCCUCCGAUCCGUUACUCCUGGUGCUGUCAUUUCUGGACUUCAGAGACUUGAACAGCUGCAGUUUUGUUAGUCGUCGACUCAAUGAGCUGACAGGUCAUAACCCGCUAUGGAAGAGGCUUUGUCAAAAGCACUGGCUGCUCACAGAGACAGAUAAAGCCCAGAGAGGUGUGACCUGGAAGGAGUUGUUUCGGGAGUAUUACACCGAUCUGGGCCGUUACAUUGACUAUUACAGCACUCUCAAGAAAGCCUGGGAUGACCUGAAGAGCUACCUGAAUCAGAAAUGCCCUCGAAUGAUAGCUUCACUCAAAGAGGGAGUGAGGGAGGAUGAGCUUGACACCAUUGAGGCUCAGAUUGGCUGCAAACUCCCUAAUGACUAUCGUUGCUCAUAUAGGAUACACAAUGGGCAGAAACUGGUGGUUCCUGGGUUGAUGGGGAGCAUGGCCUUGUCCAAUCACUAUCGCUCAGAGGACCUGUUGGAUAUUGAGACAGCAGCAGGAGGGUUUCAGCAGAGGAAGGGCAUACGACAGUGUCUUCCGCUUACUUUUUGCUUUCAUACCGGCCUCAGCCAGUACAUGGCUCUGGAGAGCACAGAAGGACGAAUGCGCAGUGAGAUCUUCUAUCAGUGUCCGGAUCAGCUGGCACAAGAUCCCUCUGCUAUUGACAUGUUCAUUACAGGCUCAAACUUUACGGAGUGGUUUACUUCUUACGUCGACAAUGUCGUAACGGGAGAAUACCCCAUCAUUCGGGACCAGAUAUUCAGGUAUGUACAUGACAAGCGCUGUGUGACGACCACUGGUGACAUUAGUGUAUCCGUCUCUACCUCCUUUCUGCCAGAGCUAAGUUCUGUCCAUCCGCCACACUUUUUCUUCACCUACAGAAUCAGGAUUGAGAUGGCAAAGUCGGCCCUGCCAGAGAAUGCAUGCCAGCUAGACAGUCGAUACUGGAAGAUCACGAAUGCUAAUGGAAAUGUGGAAGAGGUCCGUGGACCCGGUGUUGUGGGUGAGUUUCCAGUAAUGACACCCGGUAAAGUUCACGAGUACGCCAGCUGUACCACAUUCUCCACAACCUCCGAGUACAUGGAAGGCUACUACACAUUCCACCGGCUCCAGAACAAAGAGGAAGUGUUUGACGUCGCAAUCCCACGAUUUCACAUGGUGUGCCCACCAUUCCGUGAAUCAAUGGUGCGGUCGUGCUCGGUCAGUGAAGUGUCUGCUCCCUAUAAUGAAGAGAAUUCAUCAGACACAGAUGACUAUGAGGAGGGAAACAUGCGUGGAAUAAACAUUGCUGAUCCGGGAAGACGCUGCCCUCGGCACGUCUGAUGCACUUUUGCAUGUCAAGGCCCAGGCACAUCCAGGCACGCUCAUUCAAACAGGAGAGCAGGGAGACAAACAGAGCUUUUAGGAUUGCAUUGUUUAUUGUUCAGCGCCUUUGUGCCUGUCUCCUCUUGAGCGCUAUCUCCAGUUUGUGAGGACAUGUGUCUCUAGUGGUGUGUGUGUGUGUGUGUACGCUUGUGCCUGUGAAUGUGUGACAUCAUUGUAUAUUCUCUCAGCUGCAGUUUUGUAAGUCGUCAACUCAAUGAGCUGACAGGUCAUACAUAACCUGCUAUGGAAGAGGCUUUGUCAAAGCACUGUCUGUUAGAGUGUUUUGUGGUUGAGUGAAAGUUUGUUGUAUGUGUGAGAGAUUGGCUGUAGGCGGGUUUCACAAUGACCUGAUACUUAUUGUACACUUCACAAUUGUAGUAAUCCUUAAGAGAGAAAUUACUGACCGUGUGUGUGUUGAGAGAUUGGCAGAGUUAACUAUUCUUAUUUUAGUUUGUAAAACAAAUUAAUCACAUUUGUAUGGAUGACUGUACAGUGUGAAUGUGUUUGUGUAUAUCCAUUUGUCUUUGUAUAGAGAGUUUCAGGGGAGAUUCUGUUAUGUGAAACGGCUCCAGUUAAAGAGAUAAAAGCACAUAGACUCAAACCAGCCUGUUCAUACACUGCAUCAGCUUCAACACAUUUUAGCGAUAAUCAAACAUUUAUUAGUUACUUGGUGUUUGCUGGAUAGCUGUGCAGAGGACCUGUUCUCACACACAUUCAGAUAGAAGCACACUGAAUGUUAAAUAGACCUCAUCUGCCUUCUCCUUAGCUCAGAUCAUCGUGAGGACAAGGACUGGAUGUUAUACAGACGAAUGCAAAUAUGUGAGGAAACAAAAGAAACAUAGACAGUUUUUUCUCAUAAUGGCAAGUAAACCUUAUCUUGUGUAAAGAGGAUAUGAUUUUCAUGUUAAAGAUUGCAGUUGUAUUGUAAUCAUCAUUGUAAAAUAAUGCAGUGCAGUUGGAUUUUUCAGCCGUUAUUAUAUUCUUGGUUUAGCCCUAUCUGGCUGGUUAAAUAGCCCUGUCUGGCUGGUUAAAAAUGAGUAUUCUGAUUACAUUAACUCACCUUCGAUUUUUUCCAAAUCUGUAUUCAUUUCUUUGUUCUGAUGAAUACAGAGAAAGAUGUUUAGAAGAACCAAACAGAUCCCCAUUGAUUCCCCUAGUGGGAAAAAUUACUUUAUAACUUUUUAGCUUGUUCUGUUGAACACAAAAGAAGACAUUUUGAAGAAUGUAGGAGAGCAAACAGUUCUGGGGCAUUUUUGACUACCAUUGUGUUUUUUCCUACAAAAUCUGUCUGGAUAUAAGCAUUCUUCCAAAUGUCUUUCUCUGUGUUCAUCAGAGAAAUGUAUACAGAGUUGGAACAGCUCGAAUGAGUAAAUGAUGUCAGAAUUUUCAUUUUGAAGUAUCCCUUUAAUAACAGCCUGUUUAUUAUUUGGUUUAUGUGAUUUUUGUUGUUUGGAGUAAAUAAAAGGGUAAUGGUGUAUUGAUAAGA